AUGGCCAAUGUCAGCAAUGAGAAGGUCCUGUACAAGCUAAUCGAGACUAACAUCAUGAUCCUCCACCCGACCGCGACCUCGAUCGUGAUUGCCAUAGGCCCGGUCCAAGCUUCCCUCGAGCGCUCUGAGGAGGACCUGCAAUUCCAGGCUUUCGUCGUCGCGCAGAUGAGCCCCGAGACUAACCAGACGGUGCUCGCAACUGGUGGACCCCAGCCCUUCCGCUUGAAGUCGCUGCUGGCGCUGUUGGUGAAUCUGAAGGGCGAAGUCUCGAAGCUCUUUGAGAAGGAUCCGACUUUGAUGGCACAUUACGGAGUGUUUCAGGACGACAUUGACAGCAACUCCGACAUUGUCACCUCCUUCCUUGACAGCAACUUCGACAACAACACCACAGCUGGAGAGGAUAGCUUCGAUGGUGCUUCCUCUGAAAGCAGUGCCAUAACGGCGAUCCGGCGCACCACUACCUACGUCGACAAGGGUACGAUGACUACCUCCGUCCUGAUUCCCCUCAAGAUAAAGUCCAAGGUCAAGAAGCGCGACGAAGACCUCAAGGAGCCGGAAACUACCUCGAAGCCAUCGGGCCGGUCCACCUUCUCGCAGUCUACCAAGUUGCACACGCACGGGUACCAACCGCCUUCGGUUGAGGACGAUGAUGUUGAACGCCCUACUACCCCGAGAUCACCUACGUCCUCCCACUGUGGUGCCAGUGAGAUUGAGAAAAUCUUGAGCGGAUGGUGGAGGCUUUUAUGGAGUGACCCGGAUAAUGCCGGAGGGCGAUUUAUGGCUCCAUUGUGUAGAGGCCUGGGCAUGGCCUUCUUAGGAUGA